UCGUGAUGUCUGAAUAUGUUUUUUCAUACGUGAGAAGAGAAACAAAAGUCUUUGAUACUAGUUACAAGAACAUCCAAGUAAUGAUCGAAGAAAUAAAUAGUGAUAUCGCGAUAGUUUUUCUUGUAUAUAAAAAUGAUAAUCCGGAUAAGUCAAUGGAGGUAGUUUUUAUAAAUGCGACGGCUAAAGAAAAAAUAGAACCU